UUGAAAGUUGCUUUCAAACGUCGAUCGCGAAAUGUCGGACGAUAAGAUAAACGCAAAUCCAAUUAUACACGAGAUCAGCCACUCUAACGGGAGUGCAUACGAUACAAGCGAUCCUUGGUCUACCGAUUUCCUCACUUCGGAGGAUGGCAACAACGACUUGAAGCACGCCCACUUGGACUUGGAUAAGGCUGUCGAGGAGGGCAUUGAUAAUGACGAAGUAUUUGAGCUAUUGAAGGACAUAAACGAUCCAGAGCAUCCACUCACACUUGAACAACUCGCUGUAGUUUCGAAAGCUCAGAUUGAAAUCAACGACGAGGAAUCAGAAGCUGUUAUUUUAUUCACACCAACUAUCCCCCACUGUUCAAUGUCGACGCUCAUUGGUUUAUGCCUCAGGGUUAGGCUCCUGAGAGCGUUGCCACCUCGUUUUAAGGUUGAUGUCAGAGUUCGCGAAGGCACGCAUCAGCAAGAAGACGCAAUAAACAAGCAGCUCAACGAUAAAGAGAGAGUAGCAGCUGCACUAGAGAACAACCACCUCAUUGACGUCGUGCAACAAUGCUUAUCAUCUGCUACUUCACGGUAGGACUCUUUGGUUAUAGAUACAUACAUGCAUUUCAUAAAUAAUCAACUACUAGACUUCUUCUGACUGUCGAAUGGUCCUUUGCCUUCUUUGGCUUCCUUCUCCUUCUCCUGGGAUAGUCUAUCUGCCAAACUCUGUAUCUUGAAAUCUCUCUCUGGUGUAUUACCCGGGAUAGCAUAUCCAAGCUCCGUUAAGGCAUUCCGCUGUUCAGUCAAACAACUGUAGAAUUGCUCCCUCAACCAAUCGCAUCCCCUCACUCUCUUCUCUGUAAACGAUCCAUUCCUUAUACAUUCUGAGAGCAUCGAUUCUAUCACUGAACAGUUCUCCAGACUGGCCUGACCGAUUCGUCUACGCAUUUCAACGUGUUGAGCACUAUCUAAACCUGAAUCUGGAGGUAAGGAGUAAGGCGAAUAUGUUGCUUGCUGUUGACCAACUUCUUCCUUCUCAGUUUGGCUAACAUUAUCGUCAAAUUUCGGCAAAUCUUUUGGUUUAUCUUUGCUAGGAUCGUAAGCUGGUGGUUGUAUAGCAUCUUUAUCACCUCCUCCGAAC